AUGGCUCAUGGUCUCGAUUUGACGUGGUUGUUGUCUGUUCCUAACCUUACUCAUCUCGAGCUUGAGUGUUUAGAGAAAGUACAAGAAGAGAUCAUAAGCGAGGAGAAGAAAGUUGAAGAGUACUGGAGCCCUCUGCUUUUCCCUUGUUUGAAGAAGAUUGAAGUAGAAAAGUGUCCAAAGCUGAGGAAGCUUCCACUCAGCUUUAAGAGUUGUGUUGGUGGUGAAGAACUUGUUAUAAACUACAGAGAUGAUAAAUGGUUUAAAAGGGUUCGAUGGGAAGAUAAAGCCACUAAAGACCGUUUCUUACCUUGCUGUGAAAAGCUCCUGACCUCGUACACAGAAGGCAACAGCUCGUGA